AUGGGAGGAAGAAUCAUCGGCUUUUUGGCCGGCGUAACAGUCACCGGUGCCGUGUACAGCUUUUCCAAGGGUUUCAUGAAGAACGUAGAGGAGCUCACUCAUGCCAGCCUCCUCGAAAUGAAAGAUCAGAUCGACAACAGAAUCCUUACUGACAACGGAAUCGACAAAAACCCACAGCCGCCAAAUAGAAGGAUAACCCAGGUGACGAGGCCCUCUUUUGCAGAAACAUGCAAAGACUACUGGAACGAGGAGUUCAUAAAGGGGGUGAAUUGGGUCUACUCGAUCAACUGGUACCAGUGGGGGCUUGAUGCCGACCGCAAGUUGAACACUUUGACCGACAAAUUGACGAAAAAAAUUGCCGACACGGGCAAGAAAGAGUAA